AUGGUCCGAACUGCCCAAACACAUCGUUCCAAACCUCGCAAAUCGAAACCCAUGAACAAUCUCGUUCCAGUCACAGGGCAACGUAAAGUCAUCCUGGGUGAACUGACCUCACCAGUCGAGAAAGGCGAUAUCAUCUUUUCCACCACUCCGAUAUUUCCGACACUCAAUUCGGGAUUACUAUCAAGUCACUGUUCAGGAUGUCUGAAGACUGCACGACAGAUAAGUGAGGAUUCGAAUAUCAACAUUGACAAGGUGGAAGAGAGGAUGUUGAAAUGUUCAAGAUGCCAAGUCCACGUAUUCUGUAGUGUGAAAUGCUAUGCCAGUACUUGGUGUUCACUCAAUGAUGAAUACCGAGGACUAGCCAAUAAUCCCGGAUGGAUCCCUGAUACAUUGGCGAGGCUGGUGGCGAAAGUUUUGACCGCACGACGAUUUGGAAGAGAGCUAUACGAUCCACUCCCAAACUAUCCUGACACGGACUUCACACACAUCAAUGAAGAGACACUAAAGAUCCACGACAGUGUCAUCCAGCUCCUUGCUCAACCGAAAUGUGAAGGGGAAACCUUAAUCUAUACUGUCCAAUUGUGCCAAUAUCAUAUCGACGAAGAAGAUGGGUUCGAGGCCUUGGUUGGAAGAAUCUUCUCAUGCCUUUUCACAUUAUACGACUCAUCAGCAAAUCCCGUCGGUAUUGGUCUCUCGCCCCACUUAUCGAGCGUACGUCGAUCCUGCAAACCUAAUUGUCAGAUUGUCUUCCAUACUGGACCGAAUGUAAAAAAUGGUAUGAGCCUGGUGGCGAACAAGACGAUAUACCCUGGUGAAGAGAUCACUAUAUCAUACGUUGACUUGGCCCUGCCAAUACAUCUUCGUCAAGCGGCACUUGCAAAAUCCGGAUUCGACCAUUCUCAAUUAUGUCCACAUUGCUCCAUGACUGUCGUAGAUUGUCGUUGGGCUGCAAAGCAUCAGAAUUGUACUAUGAAUGGGAUCAUACCCUUAGCUCCCUCGCCGGGAACCUUCAAAGCUGAAAGGAGUAUCACGGGAUCUGUGGAAGAAAGGGAAUGUGAUAGGUGUUCCGAGAAUAUUCGUAUUGAUAAGUUAAAACAACGGUAUGAGGAGCAUAUGAGUGUCGUAGAUGAGAUUUGGGAGAGUGAACAGAAGGGAGUGUUACUGCCAAAUGAUGAAGAAGCCAUAAACGAUGAAAUCCGAAUCUUAUCCACGAUGAUACCUGAAUUCCUUCAAACCUUCCCAGAUCUCAUUUACCCAGUACCAUAUCUACGAAUACGAUACGCUCGGCUUCUCUCUAUUUUACCUCGGACCUUAUCCAGUACAAAGGAAAUUAUCGAAAAUUACACUCAAGCAUAUUCAUCAUUCCUCUCUGUCAACGAUAAUCUAUCUACGCCUCUAACUUGUUCCCUGGCUUUCGAAUUGGUAAAUUCGCAUUUAGAUAUCUUAAGAAUAUCUAAGCAAUUGAUCGAAGAAAGAUCGAAAAAAAGGAUUACUUAUAAAUAUUUGGGUAAAUCGGAUUAUUUGAAAACUUCAGAAGAAGAGAAUGUGGAUGAUGGCGAGAUUGAAUCGUAUUUGAAAGAAGGUCAAGAUUGGAUUGAAUCCUGUAAAGAUCAUUUAAAUGAUUUAGCUUAUACCCAACGCAACCACGGUCAUGGGUUGGAAACUAAGUUUAGGGAAUUGGAAUUGGAAAGAUGGCAAAGGCAAUAUGAGGAAUUAGAUAUUUGGUUCAAUUAUAUAUAUUAA